UUGGGAGGCAAACACAUGGUGCGGGAAGACCUUAUAAAUUCUCCCUCUCCCAGCAAGACCGUGAUGUUAUCUGCUGGCAAAAAUUCCCCUCUUCCUAGCAGCAAGGCAAAGCAAAGUGGCUCACAGAAACUCCGAAGGAGCGAAGAGAGAGGAGGAAAGUGAGCCUCCCGGAGCAAGGGCUGCGCUCAAAGCCGAGGCGGAAGGAACAAAACCCAGUCACCUACUCAGGGGGGAAAUGUGCCAAGGCCAGAGAAAAGGGGGCACCAGUCUUGGCAGUCCCCUCUAAAAACCUCGAGGUUGGACAACCGGCAGCCGCUCUGCCUUGUUGACUGUGGCUUGGAUUUUUUUUUUUUUUAAUUGUGGAGGAGGAGGAGGGAACUGCUGGAAAAGUUGCGCAGCCCAGGAGUAGCCAGGGAGGAGGGCGGUUAGCUAGUUGGUUGGCGCAAACGAGAGUAGUAGCGGCCGCCUGCGGGCCACGGGGAAGUCGGCUCCGCUCUGCUCGCUGCCCACGCCACGAGGAGGGGAGGGGGCCCAAAAGGGGAGCUUUGGCGGGAGGGGAGCCAGCCGAGCCACCCUCGUCCUCCACCAGUCUCCGGCGCCUCUCCUGCUAGCGCGCACAUCCACACACGUGGGCGCUUGUCGCCGCUGCUGGACUACAGUCCCUCGCGCCAAAGGGGAGCCGCCGGUCGCCUCCGGGAAGGGGGCUUCCCCCUGGACAGGCUCUCCGGUUGCCAGCCGGUGCCAUCUCGGCCGAGGAGCGAGGGGGGAGCCGAGCUCAGAAGCCCGCCGCUUGAGGGGCGCCAGCUGUCUCCUCCACCACCCAACUCCGGGCGCUCUCUAAGAACAUUCCGGACGAACGUGAUCCGUCAGGGCUUUAUCAUCAAGAGCUAUUUUCACAUGUAAAAGAGGGUCAAAGCAAUCGUUCUUUCCUGUUUGAAAUCUAUGCCGUGAUAGCAGCCUUAAAAAAAAAAAAUCUCGCAACCUGUUGCAUGUUUCUGUUGUUUGCACUCUCAUCAACCUGUUGCAGUUUUUAAUAGCGAUUGCAGGGUCUCACUCGCCAUCUGCUGCAAACGGUCGCUCGCAUUCUUUGCACCGGGAAUUGUGACCUGUAGCGCUCGGAAUCUUGCAACUUCGGACCAGCAGACCGGUGCCCGCUGGUGUUCGGACUGGCGAUCCGCUGCAUUUUUUUUUAAACACAGAUUUUUUUUAAAAAGCUUCAACUUCCUUUGCACGUUGCCACUUAAGAAACCGAGCGAAGUAUCCCACUCACCUUUUGGGGGAAAGGAAGAGAAGCGCGAUUUCCUUGUGGGUUGUUGCUUCAUUCUCUAAAAUGCACUGCUAUCUUCUGAGCGUCUUCCUCACCCUGGAUCUUGCCACAGUGGCCUUCGCCUUGUCUACCUGCAGCACCCUCGACAUGGAUCAGUUUAUGCGCAAGAGGAUUGAAGCUAUCCGAGGGCAGAUCCUGAGUAAACUGAAACUCACCAGCCCUCCGGAAGAGUUCCCGGAGCCCGAGGAGGUUCCCCCGGAGGUCAUUUCAAUCUACAACAGCACAAGGGACCUGCUGCAGGAGAAGGCGAACCACAGGGCGGCCACUUGCGAAAAGGAGCGGAGCGAGGAGGAAUAUUACGCCAAAGAGGUUUACAAAAUUGACCUGCCGUUUUUCCAUUCUGAAAACAAGAUUCCACAAAAAUCACCGCAACCCAGCGCCUAUUUUAAACGAGUGAGAUUUGACGUCUCAGCAAUGGAGAAAAAUGCUUCCAACCUCGUGAAGGCAGAGUUUAGAGUCUUUCGCUUGCAGAAUCCAAAGGCUCGAGUAUCAGAACAGCGGAUAGAAUUGUAUCAGAUUCUCAAAAGCAAAGACCUAACAUCACCAAUGCAACGUUACAUUGAUAGCAAGGUAGUUAAAACGAGAGCCGAAGGUGAAUGGCUGUCUUUUGACGUAACUGAUGCUGUACAUGAAUGGCUCCAUCAUAGAGACAGGAAUCUUGGAUUUAAGAUAAGUUUGCAUUGUCCGUGCUGCACAUUCGUGCCUUCAAAUAAUUAUAUCAUCCCAAACCAAAGUGAAGUACUAGAAGCAAGUUUUGCAGGUCUUGAGGACUACCACAGUGCUGAGAAAACUUUAAAGUCCAAUAGGAAAAAAUACAGUGGGAAGAACCCACAUCUUCUGCUAAUGUUGUUACCCUCCUACAGACUUGAGUCGCAACAGUCCAGUCGACGGAAGAAGCGUGCUCUAGAUGCUGCCUAUUGUUUUAGGAAUGUGCAGGAUAACUGCUGUCUGCGACCAUUUUAUAUUGACUUCAAGAGGGAUCUUGGAUGGAAAUGGAUACAUGAACCUAAGGGAUACCAUGCAAAUUUCUGUGCAGGAGCUUGUCCCUAUUUAUGGAGCUCAGAUACUCAGCACAGUCGAGUACUUAGCUUGUAUAACACCAUAAACCCAGAAGCAUCUGCAUCUCCAUGCUGUGUAUCCCAGGACCUAGAACCCCUCACCAUCUUGUAUUACAUUGGCAAAACGCCCAAAAUUGAACAGCUUUCUAACAUGAUUGUAAAGUCUUGCAAGUGCAGCUAGAGAAUACUCCGGGACAGCACAGUGUGUGCAUUUCCCCCCCCCCUCUGGAAAAAAGGAGGAAACAAUAUGAUUUCAAAGAGGAAGAAACAAAAGAAUACAUAGGAUCAGCAGUGUUUCAAAAAGGAAAACAAACAAAAAGAAGGGUACUUGUCUGAAAUGUUUUGAGAGUUUGUUUCAUUGUUUCGGUUACUGUUUUACUUUAAACUGGCAUCUGAAGCGAAACCGUGAAGUCCUUAUCCAACAUUUCACCUACUUGGUUAUUGAGGUAGACAAGAAACAUUU